CCGGAAGCUGAUUGAUAAACAUGGUAAACCUUGUGAUGCGACUGUCACUUUGUUUUGUUGUGUUUGCCGUGAUAUGUGAGCUUGGAGAAUGUGUUCGCACAAGCAAAAAAAUCUAUGUCAAUUUAGAAAGUGUCCAAGGCUGUUUUCGUCGAUUGAAUGCCACACAUCAAAUAGGCUGUGCCUCCAAAUUGGGAGGCAAUGUUGGCAUAAUACACAAUAUAGAGACCGAUGAAGACUUGACCUGGAUAGUGGACUAUGGACCUCAUGCUCCUUACAUAACCAUCAUGUCAUCCCUUAUAUUCAAUGUCACAAAUGUCCAGAGGUUAAAAGAUUCUGGGAAAGUGAAUGGCAUUCUUGUUAGUCAUGUUGUUUCUAACAAGUCUAUAACACCUUUACCACCCGAUGGAUUUUCCCCAGAUCACUCUUGCCCUUUAGAUGCUUUUGGAAUGUACAGGAAUGACAGUGACUACAAGAACUGUAAGAGCGUGGUCUGGAACCCAGUGGGCAGCAGUAUGAUGUACCAGGACUUCGGAAUCCCAAUCUUUGUAUUGCAGAAUGAAACAGAAGUGAAUAGUGCCAUUUAUGAUUGCUAUGAGAAAUUUAACAAGCCUAACCCAGAUGGCACAAGCAGAAAAUACCCCCUAUGUGCUGCAGAACUGAAGAGUGGCAUGUUUGCAGCUAAAGACUCAGUGACCUGUAUACGACGGACAAAUCACAUAGUAAAUCUGAAUGUAGACCAGUUCUGUGAUCCACUUGGAGAUCAAAAUGUGUUUGCUACAGUAAAGGAAAUCUCAAGUGAAAAGAGUCUACCUUUUGACCAUGUUAUCGUAGCUGCUGCACGGAUUGAUUCUUUCACUCUGUUUGAACAUGUGACACCUAGUGCAGACAAUGACAUCACAGGCCUUGUGACCUUGUUAACUGCUGCCUUUGCUUUAUCUAUGUCGGGUGCUAAGGAAAGUAUACAAAACAGUCCCGAUGCAAAAGAUAUCAUGUUCACUUUUUUCCAAGGGGAAGCAUUUGAUUACAUUGGCUCAAGUCGGAUGGUCUAUGAAAUGGAGAAGAAUCGUUUUCCGAACACUUUGGAUGACACUAAUGUAUACCUGCACCCUGUUAACCUUAGUCACAUUUCCCAUCUGGUGGAAGUGAACCAGCUGGGGUUUGGGGAGAGAAAUCUGUCUAUUCACACUGAUCCAAUCAGCAGAAACUCCUCUCAAAUAGACACUCAGGUGAAGGAAAUGGUGACUAAACUGAAGGAGUUUGGUAAUGAAUAUGACAUCAGUGUGAAAUUGGCUGGGGAAAGUCAACCUCUACCCCCGGGCUCUGUUCAGCGCUUCCUCCUGAAGAGGUCCAUACCCACUGUUAUGUUAACCGACCAUCAGAGAGAGUUCACCAACCAGUUUUACAACAGCCGGUUUGACCUUGCGGAGAACAUCAAGGCAAAUUAUUCAGAAUCAUUGAAUCAGUCCUCAGAGUAUGAUUACGUGACGCCUCAGGCUGAAAACCUGGCACGCAAAGGAGCGCUAUUGGCACAGUUCUUGUAUUCACUAUCAACAGGUGACAAAACAUAUAUCAGCGCAGUGGAAUUGGAGCCCAUGGUCACCCAUAUGCUGUAUUGUUUCCUGUAUAAUGGAACCUGCGACCUUUUCCAGACAGUAGUAGACAAGGCAGAUGUGGAAAAGCUGAAUGAAGAGCCAUACCCCUUUUAUGUCAGUGUAGCCAGAAAUACAAACUAUGUUAGUGGUUUAACAAAGAAACUUCUGGCAUAUUUUCUGGGAGUACAGAUUGAAGCAGACAACUCUGAUAACUGUAAGGCUCAGAAUAGCACAGACAAGCUUUACGAAUACUACUGGAUGCAAGGCCCAUUAGAUGAGAAUGGUACAAGACAUGGGAUGUGUUACAGAAGCACAGCAGCCUAUUCCGAAGCCAAGUCUCCUGUCUUUCUAGAUGAAAUGUCAGGCUAUGACUGGGCAUCGGGUGAAUACUCCAGCUGGACAGAGAGCACCUGGGAUACUUUCUCGGUCAGGUUGUUCUUGGUUCCUAGUGAACAAUUUCAGACUAUAACUUUGUCAUCGGGGGUGAUCAUCAUGCUGGUGUCCUUUGUUGUGGUGUACUUCGUCAAUACCAAUGCGAACAUCAUUUUCUCUCAGCGAGGGCCCAACACUUACUACUGAGAAAUGUCGUGAUGUUCUUAAUGAACAGGGAAAUGCAGGUUAUCUGGAUACACGAACCAUCAAGUCUUCAAGCUGAAAACAUGAGCAACUGAACAUAGUUAUUUCAGAUUGCUAAAUAUUUGAAUGUGAACUCCAGUGAUAAUUCAAGUAGCCGAUUAAUAUUGUGUACUGAAUGAACCAGAAGAAGUGUAUGUGAUAGCAACUUUCUUGAAACGGAAGAAAAACUUCAGUCUCAUGUAUAUAUGUCAUGCAUUUGCCAUCCCAAAUUCAUUCCUACUGAUGUUUCAUUCUGCAGUAACUUAUUCAAGGUUGUAAAUAUUUUUGUACUGUAAGCUCGAUAAUCAUAAGUAGACUAAAAAGUGAAAGUGGAGCAAAGUACACUUUUAUUUUCUUAUUCAUAUGUAAAUAAUACACAUUAACCCUCUUGUCACUGUAAUCCUUUGAUUAACUAAACAUGAAUGAAAUCUUCCAGUAAAAACAAGUAAUGUGGCAAUCUGUAAAUAUGGUCUGUCUAGAUUGGGAUCAUAAUUUAACACCUUCAGGUGGAUUUAUUGUGUAAUCAUGUGAUCCCAAAAUGCUGGAAUAACUUCAGUCACUGAUGGUGAGAAACGAACAGUUAGCUGAAAACAACUGCAAGUAAUUCCCAUAUAUCAUGGUCAUCCAGCUGGUAGAAUUGUGGAGAGAUCAUGGAGGUGUAAAUAGACUAAAUGUACACCUCAUGGUCAUCCAGCUGGUAGAAUUGUGGAGAGAUCAUGGAGGUGUAAAUAGACUAAAUGUACACCUCAUGGUCAUCCAGCUGGUAGAAUUGUGGAGAGAUCAUGGAUGUGUAAAUAGACUAAAUGUACACCUCAUGGUCAUCCAGCUGGUAGAAUUGUGGGGAGAUCAUGGAGGUGUAAAUAGACUAAAUGUACACCUCAUGGUCAUCCAGCUGGUAGAAUUGUGGGGAGAUCAUGGAGGUAUAAAUAGACUAAAUGUACACCUCAUGGUCAUCCAGCUGGUAGAAUUGUGGGGAGAUCAUGGAGGUAUAAAUAGACUAAAUGUACACCUCAUGGUCAUCCAGCUGGUAGAAUUGUGGGAAGAUCAUGGAGGUAUAAAUAGACUAAAUUUAUACCUCAUGGUCAUCCAGCUGGAAGCAUUGUGGGGAGAUCAUGGAGGUGUAAGUAGAAUAAAUUUAUACCUCAUGGUGCAACUAGGCAAGCUGAGUAAUCAGAGCAAGUAUUUUCUUGUCUGAUUGCCAGUGUUUGAAAUCAUAUCAGAGUGUUGUGUUGCAUAAAGGGGGAAUUACAAAUGUAGCAGAACAACACACUGAAAUGGUCAAUACAAGAUCUACAAAAGUUGCGAAGAUGAAUUUGUUGUGUGUACGAUACAGUAAAUUUUAUCUGAUAUAAGCAACACCACUACUAGGGCAAAUGCUUAAGAAAUGGAUGCACUUACAGGACUAUGGUGAAAGAUUAUAAGGUUGAACGACAAUUUAUUUGAACAAAUGUUCACUAAAGUUAAUACCUAUUAACCAAUGUAGUCAUUUCACAGCAUGAUAUGCUGUGCAUUUUACUGCUGUGGUUUUAUGCAUUUUUUGCCAUUUUUAAUAGUUUCACAAAAAGACUUGUUUCAUUGGUAAAUAUCAUUUUGUAUUUAUGGCUCUUGAUUUUACUCUGUACAGUAUACAAAUAUGUAUUAUAGAUAUUUAACAGACUGUAUUCAUGCAUAUGGUUAGAGUGUCCAUGAACUAUACUAGUGUUUCACAAUUAGAUAUUGUACUGAAAGGUCUAUACAUGUAUAUGUAACUGUGAUGGACCAGAGCAAUUUUAACCUCAGUGGAUUACUAAAAAAAUUACUUAGCUGAACAUUUUGAUCACAUCAUGUCAGACUGAAAGAUUCCUUCAGUGGCCCAUAGUAGUUGAUAUGGAUGUUGUAGUGCUGUACAAGUGCUAUAUUUGUAUAUAUUUAGGCUUUCUUUUGGAUUUUUUUUUUUUUUUGUAAAAACAGUUUUUGGAAAAGAGCUCCAUAUGCAUGUAAGUUGAAUUACUGUUUCAGUCUGUUAGAAUUUCCAGUACAGUUUUGAGUCUGUCAUAAGAAGACAUCAUUGUGUUUAUAUAUCACAUUAUACGGUCAAAAAGUGAUGAUGAUGCAACAGUGUUUCAGUCAGCGCUUAAAAUAUGCACCACAUGCAGAGUCUUCAGUAUCUGGUAGUCAGGACUGUAAAAAUUUCAAAUUUAGCAACUUGUUAAAAAACAUGAAAUUGAUGUACAUUUAUUGAUGUUCAUGCUGCAUGUCUAUGAUCAGCGACCAGUAGUGUACAUUUACCCUAUACAUGUGACUGCAUGUAGGUUUGAAAAACUAUCAUCAGGUUUUGACGGACACUGUCCCCUUCAUGAAAACUAUGAAGUAUUGUAAACUCAGAUAGUAACUGUGUUAAUAUACUGUUGUUGAUAAAAAUCUGAAAUGACCUCAAGAGUGAAGCUGUGAGUCAACACGGUAUCUACCCUGUUUCUUCUAAAUUUUGAGACACCUGGUCUGCUCAUUUCAGCCAAUGUGUGUGUAAUUCUAGCAGAAAUAUUGAGUUUCUUUUUCUUGUUAGACCAUGUAAUGAACAACAUACUCAUUCAUAUCUUUACUUUUCCAAAAGGCUGGUAAAGAAAUGCAAUAUUCUACUUUGAGCAGUACUAAUAUCUGUCCCAUAUUUUAGAAGAAUUGGAGUAGUAGAUAUGAAUAAUUUUUGUUGUCGACCAAUGUCAGUUGAUGUAGUCUUAUGCUUGACUUUAAUAUUGUAACAUAUGUAUAUACAAGACACCUGAUUGAAAACUGUUUGUAUUUUUCAUGACUAUUACAGCAAGUAAACUGAUUCUCAUCUGUUUGUAAACCA